GCUAUAGUCUCUCUCAAUUCUCAAACAUUGUGAGAGAUAUCUGGUACUAAGAUUUUUAUAGAAAAAAGAGAGAAUGGAAGAUGAAAUUAGCCAUGAAAAUUCUGCACACGGGCAUAACAAGGGUAGCCCCGAGAGCCCGUGUGCAAAAAUCAGCUGCAAUGGCAACAACAACAACAACAAAGAACAAGAUCGUUUCCUCCCGAUCGCAAACGUCGGGAGGAUCAUGAAAAAAGUGAUUCCGAGUAACGGGAAGAUAUCGAAAGACGCGAAAGAAACCGUCCAGGAAUGCGUGUCGGAGUUCAUCAGCUUCGUCACGGGGGAGGCCUCGGAUAAAUGCCAAAGGGAAAAGAGAAAGACCAUUAACGGAGAUGACAUCAUUUGGGCAAUCACGACCCUAGGGUUUGAGGAAUACGUAGGACCCUUAAAAUUGUACCUAAGCAAAUAUAGGGAGAUUGAAGGAGAGAAGCUUAAUAUUCCAAAGCAGCAAAGAUCUGAACAAAAGCAGCAACAACAACAAUCAAAACAUGAACAAAAUAUACCUAAUUUCAAUAGCAAUGUGUAUUCACCACCAAAUUUAUUGUCUCGUCACACGUCGUUUGUGCCUUCUGAUCAACCAUUCUCAUUGCCUUUCUCAUCCAAUAACAUUCAAAAGCAAUUACAGCAGCAAGACCAGGUUGAUUCAGUGGGGUACUGGUAAGAACAACGGCAAAUAUGUUUUUUCUUUUUCUUUUUUCAAUUUUUCUUCUCGACAACAAGCUUUGAAUUGCAAUGUUGUUAAUACAUUUCGUAUAC